GCGAUCUUGUAACCCGUCGAGAUCAGCAACUGGAUGCACGAUGCACGCCCACCGGACCCAAGACGCCUUCUCGUGCUUGACCCAGAGAUUGUCACCUUCUAGAAAAGCCUAGCGCUGGGUUCGUUCCGGCAGUCUAGGGACUUGGUUGGACAGAACAUAUGGUUCCUUGCAUCAGCAGCAGUCACUGCUGGAUCUGACGGCUCGCUCUUUUGCAGUUCCAGGCUUCUAUCUGGCUCGAUGCAAUAUUUCGCUUGGAUAAAGUAUGCUCAAGGCAAGGCGAGUCGCCAUGCUUUGUCUGCCACAGAUACUGUAUGAAUGGCUUCAAAUCUCGGGCGCGAUCAACCUCUCGUUGCACGGGCCUGGGAACGUUAGCAUGGUGUCAUCAGAGGGUCUGAUGGUGGACUGUUUCCUGUAUGCUCCGUGUCUGGUAUGCUGCGAGCUCAGCUUAACCCGCUGGCGGCCAACACUCGGGCGAAAGCGCAGCUUACGUGGCGAGAGGGAAAAGGAUGGCAUCUGAUAGCACGUGAUGACCACAGCAGUACCACGUGAUUACAUUCACGUGCCCUGUGAGUCACGUGACGCGCUCAGACGCCUCGUCAUGACCCACUGCGGCGCGUCGUUGCAGGUGAUGCAAUAACACGUCUACCCACUGGCACUGCAACCUCCAUCAACCCCACCAUCAUCACCACCUCCACUGGCACCAUCAACUCCAGCAGCAACAACAGAUCUGAAUGCAGAUUUGCCCAUUCCCAGCCACAGUGAGGCCAUCUCCAAACCAUCCUGAUGACUUCAUCUUGGUAGGGAAGCUCACAAUCAGUGCGGGAGUUGCACCAGGAGUGGGAUAUCUGAUAUUCGACCCAAUAGAAAGUCGCCCUUCUGUAUUUGUGGCUGGCAGACCUGCAGCUUGUGUCAAUCACUUUCCUUGGUUUUUGCUGCUGUCACACCGUUGAACAGGGUAUGAUGACGCAACUGCAAACAAGCACGAGUGUCACAAUCAAGCCCAGCAUCACCGCCAUGUAGGAGCCAAGUUGCGGAGUGCUUGUAGAAUCUAUCUGUUUUUCUUGAACAAUUGUAGUCGUCUCAGAGUAAGAGAGCUUCUUCAUUUCGGCACAUGAUAUCGACGCAGCCACAGUAUCUUCCAGGUUGUAUGAAUGGACGAGUCGAAGGAAAUCCGACACGAUCUUGAAUCAUCUGCAUCUACUGGGACCACUGGCAGAUCCGCGAACCAAGAUACGGAAAGCACUAUCCCAGGCACAGGCAUAAACCCGUCCGACCAGGAGAAGGCAGCGGAGAACACAUCGAGUGAAGGACUUGGGGUUGCAGCAAUUGGCGAGACAUUGACAAUCAAGAAAAGAGUCCUUCCCAAGGGUGAUCCGGUUCCCAGUGUCAUUGACCCGACCUCAAGCGAUCCUACUACGUUCAAGAUGCCCGAGCACUCGUCUUAUCAACCCGUUGCUGGGGUUCCGCCGGGGGCAGCUGAGACGGCAGCCUCGCGAGCAUUCAACAAGGCUAAUGAGAGGGAUCAGACUAAAGAUACCGUCAAAGACAAGGACAUCGAACAGACUGUCUCUCAUAUACCCGGAGCAUUUCCCACAGAUGAGCAUCCUACACCCAUAGAGGAGACCGCCGGGGCAACUGCAACCGGCAGCACUCGAGCGACAGACACAGGAUCACGUCCCUACGGAUCUGGUAUCUCUGCUGGCCCAUCGGCGCAGGAUACUAGCGUACCAGCACCCUCAACCUUGACCACCACGGCCUCGCCCUCAACCAGAGACACGGGUUAUGGCCAAGCCGAGGGGACCAAGGUACCAGAUCGAGCUACUACAUCUACGAUACCAACCAGUACAUCUGCUGAUAAUGCGUCAAGCCAGCCGGAGUCAUCUGGCACAUUUGACCGGAUCUUGGGCGCAGUGGGUCUUGGAGGAACUGCUGCCGCCAUCUCUUCUGCCCUUCCUGGGACUGGGGAAGAGAAAGAGUCCCGCUCUGUAAGUGAUUACCCAGAGCAGCCGACGACGACCACAGGCGUGGAUUCCUACACUGCUCCUACGCGCUCCGGCGACGUUGCAGACAAGCCGGCUACUACUACCGGCGUGGACUCCUACAACGCGCCCACACGCUCCGGUAAUGAUUGGAACCAGCCUACCACCACGACUGGGGUUGAUACUUACACUACCCCAUUGCACUCUAGCGGUGUGUCCGAACGACCAGGCGCGGCUACAGGGGCAGCUGCUUCCACUGGUCGCACACCUUCCGGGCCAACCCCUUCACACUAUCGCAAGGAAAGCAUUCCAACCACGGCCUAUCCCCAAGGUCAAGAUUCUCCGGCUCCUAUCAACCCGCCUGUCGGUGGCACUGCUGUAGCUGCGGACGAAGAAGACCGACAGGACCAUGGUGGCCAUAGAGGAGGCCUCGCCGCCGCUGGCGCAGGCAUUGGUUUAGCUGCCGGCGGUGUCGCAGCACAUGAAUACGAACAUGGCAGAUCUCAACCUGAGGAACACGGCAGAUCUCAACAUGAGGAGUACGGCAGAUCCCAACCUAGUGGAUCGGCUACCUUCUAUUCUUUGACUACCUCUGACACCCCAUCCCAACCAGCUCAGCCCACCUCAAGCCUGAGCCGGCCUAUUCAGGAGGAUACAUCGGGCUACGAAGCGUACAAACAUCCCUCCAACAUUUCCCCUCAGCCAUACGCAUCUACCGACCCUCAAAAAGACUCGACCGGUUACGGUGCGGCUGCCACCACUGCAGGUCUUGGUGUCGGUGCGGGCACUGCCGCUGCUGCCAUCCACGAUUAUCAGGACAGUGGAAGACAGUCCGCAGGUGCACUACCCUAUCGCAAUGCACCGGCUGCCAGUCAGUCUACUGCGAGCUCAGAUGUCCCCUUCGCAUCCAGCCAACACGCCCAAGGUCUGAGCCGGGACAUUGAUGAGAACCCCGCGGCCAGAAGCGGGUUCUCCCAAACACCAACUGAUUUGCGCCAACCCAUUACCGCAGAACACACGGAUGACUCUCGGGGAUAUGGCAGGACUGCCGCCGCUGCGGGAGUUGGUGCCGGCGUUGGUGCAGCAGGAGCCUAUGCCCUGCAACACAAGGACGAGCCCGAAACCGGUGACUUGUCAGGAGGCAAAGCGUAUCCAACGUCACAGACUACCGUCGAAGACCAACCCAUGGUGGCCACUGAACCGGCUGCUGUUCCUGAACCCGUGCCAUCGGCGGGAGAUCGAACUGCACAGCAAGUGCCUGUUGCUGCUGCCGCUACUCAUCAAGACCCCAGGAGAUCCAACGAGGGUACUGAUCGGGGUGGGCCGGUGCCUGCUACAACGUCCUAUAAUGAGCCGGCAAGGGACUCCACUACGACUAAACCGACGCCUGGGGCUGUCCAAAGCUCCGAGAAAAGCACCAAGACCGAGCAAGUUCUCAAGCCAGAAAAGGAAGACAGACACACUGGUCGGGAUGCAGCCCUUGCCGGAGCUGCCGGAGCUGGAGCUGCGGCCUACGGCGCGCACGAAUACAACGAGCAUCAAGCUGAGCAGGAAGCCGCUAGGGCGGCGGAGGCCAAGCGGCAACAAGACAUUGCUGAGCAGGAGGAAGCUCGUCGAAGACAAUUCGAAAAGGAUCAAAAAGCCGCCGAAAAGCGAGCCGCUAAGGAGGAGAAAGCUGAGAAGAAACACGAGAAGGCGGUAGAGAAGGAACAGAAACAACACGAAAAGGAUCUGGCUAAGGAGGAAAAGGAAGAGAGGAAGCAUCAGAAGGAGCUAGCCAAGGAAGAAAAGAAGCAGGAGAAAGAGCUUGAGAAGGAACAGAAAGAAAAGGAGAAGGCCGCCGCCGCCGCCGCAUUGGCCGAGAAAGAGCGUCGACAGCAGUACGAACGUGAAGAACGAGAACGCUUUGAGGCUGCCGAAGCCGAGAGGAAGCGACGUGAAAAAGAGGCGGCCGGCGCCGCCGCAAUUGGAACAGGCGCUGCCGCUGGCACCGCUGCCUAUGCGGCUCAUGACAAAGAGCAGCAACCUGGAGAAACAACUCCGAGAAGCUCACGAGAAACCGACCGCAACCGUCUUCACAAGGACCCGCCUCAGGAGAAGAAGCCCGGCAUCUUGAAACGGAUCUUCAAGCGCCGCAAGAACAAGGACACCGGUCUCGAAGAGGAGUACAGCACUGACGAAGAGGAAGAGCCGCGUCACUCCAGCCACUCUGGGCGAACAGGAGCAGCCGUAGGCGCUGGUGCCGGUGUAGGUGCUGCUACCGCUGCAGCUGCAGCUCAUGAGCACCACCGCGACGAGGGCGCCGCUGGGGAGGGUAUCCUUCCUCAGAAGCCUUCCUACAACCCCCUCCACAAGGAUGAGACCAUCCCUCUUGUUUCGACCGAUACCCCGAUCGCAGAUAACCUCGCAUCCGAGCGCCAGGCACAUCAAGCCUCUGGGACAACAGGAAGAACAGCAACCGGCGUGAAUGAACCCGUGUCAUCGUCCACAGGAACGUACCCUGCCGGUACUCAUUCUGGUACUGGUUACGACACAGGCCCUACCGCUGCCGACACAGCCGCUGCUGCUACAGUCCCAGGUUCAGCUGGCCAUGACACCACAGCGCGAGACUAUGGCAACACCACUGGCACCACCACAACAACAGGCCUCCCCUACGACCCCAAGCAUGACCCAGAAGCGUCGCGCCAUCUCCAGGAAGUCGAGCAGCAGGCUCAUCAACAACACGGCGAACACCACCAGGGUGGCUUUCUCCACCGCGUCAUUGACCAGCUGAAACCUCUGCCUGAGCCGGACGAGAUUGCUCGUGAACACGGCCACGAGCCUACUCAUACUACGACUACUCACGACUGAGAAAUGUCCGAACGAAUUGUGCAGUCUGCGGAAUGCUUCCUAUCCAGCCUCAAACCCACAUUGGUGACUUUUCCUACCCAGCCUCAAACCCAGAUUGACGACUUUACUACUUCUACUCAAAGUACUGUAGCUUAGCUUAGCUAAUUAUGUAGCCACGACCACCAUCGAAUGUCACGCCGUUGCUGUGAUACCUUACCGUCCUACUUUUGAAUUACUGUAAUUGUACGCCUAGUAAUGAAAGACCUAAUCUGGUACGUAGUUG